GCAGCAGAUUCCCUGGCAAACAGUUCAAUGGCUUCAUUUCCACGAGACCCAUCACCUCUAUGAGGGAUUAGACAGCCGUUGAUCACGGACUGGAUCGGCGAUAGGCUAAGGCAGUCCGUUUAUAGUCGCAUUUAACGAAACGGUCUAUCCAACACUAGGCAGACACGCUGUGUCUGGUACUCACCACUCCGCCAUCCGUGAUUUGACGCACCCUAACCACUUCCGGGUACCUUAGCGUUUGCCACUGGAAUAUAUUGGUGCGAUCUGUAGCAGCAUGACUGACGGUGGCUGCUACGGGAGGUGUAGAUGGGUCAGAGCGUGUGGCGAGCUGGCAGGGGUUGCGCGCCAAUGGUUGACUGUCAGCGUGCUGGCGUUCUCCAUUGUCACUGUAUCAGCAGCGGAUCCAGGUUCGUUCCUGCAAGCCGGCGAUGCAGCUGUGUCAAGCGGCCAGUACUCCGCCGCACUGCGGCACUACACCGCCUUCAUCGAGGCGGACCCCAGCACGGGCCUGGGGUACACUAAGAGAGCCGCGGUGUACCUGCAGCAGCGGAAGCACAGGGAGGCGGAGGCGGAUCUAGACAGGGCCAUUCAGGUGGAGCCUUCCUUCCUGCAGGGCUACCUGCACAGAGGCCGCCUGCGCCGGCAACUAUGCCAGUUCUCAGCAGCUUCCGCAGAUUUCGCGAAGCUAUUAGAGCUGAAGCCGUCGCACACCAGCGCUCGUAAGGAGCUCGCGUCUACUAAAGCCGCAGCCGACGCGCUAGGAGCCGUUAAGGUGGCUAUAGAGUUGGGGCGAGGGGAGGAGGUGGAGAAACGGCUAGAGGACGAGGUGCUCAGUGUAGUUCCGGACUGUAAAGAGGCGCUGAUGCUUAAAGCGAAGCUGCUUAUGGCGAAGGGGGACUACCCUGGCGUGAUUGCGGAGGCUGGGAGGGCGCUGAAGUCGGACGAGAACGACCUGGAGGGCCUGCUGCUGAGGGGGAAGGCGUAUCUGUACAAUGGCGACCACGACCAUGCACUCAAGCACUUUCAGGCGGGAUUAAGAUCGGAUCCCGAGCAUGGGGAGCUGAAGAAGGCGUAUCGGCAGCUCAAGAACUUGGAGAAGAAGACAAAAGUGGCGAACGAGUUCUUGGAGCAGAGCAAGUUCCGCAAGGCGGCAGACGAGUUCAAGGCAGCGCUUGAGAUCAUUCCCGACCACAAGCAGCACAACAUGAAGCUGCAUUUAGGGUUGUGCAGGUGUCUGGUGAAGCUGGGCCGGGGCAAGGAGGCAGCAGAGGCGUGCUCUGCGGUGCUGGCUGUGGACAACGACCACUUUGACGCUCUCUUACUUCGUGGCGAGGCCCGGAUCAUGACAGAGGAGUGGGAGGGCGCGCUGGGAGACUUCAAGCACGCGCACCAGCUGAACCAGCAGAGCCGCGAAGCCGUAUCGGGUUUCCAACGAGCAGAGCAGGGAUUGAAGCUGAGCAAGCGCAAGGACUGGUACAAGGUGCUGGGGGUGGACAAGAGCGCGUCAGCCGCGGACAUCAAGAGGGCAUACAAACGGCUGGCGCUCAAGUGGCACCCGGAUAAGAACGUGGCGAACAAGGAGGAGGCGGAGGAGCAGUUCCGGGAGGUGGCAGCAGCAUAUGAGGUGUUGGGCGAUGAGGACAAGAGGGCGCGGUAUGACAGGGGUGAGGACGUGGACGAGCCAGAGCAGCAGGGGGGAGGGGGAGGCUUCCCCUUUGGCCAGAACGUGAGGUUCCAGUUCCAGGGGGGCGGCGGAGGGGGCUUCCCAGGUGGAUUCCCAGGUGGUUUCGCCUUCCAGGGGGGCUUUCCUGGAGGCUUCCAGUUCCAGCAGGGUUGAAGUGGAGAAAGGACUCUGCGGAAAGCUACCUACAUCGUACUAAACUUAUCAAUCUCUUACACUGUUGCUCCUCUGUAUUCAUUUGGCCGUUAGGCUGACAAAGCGUGGCCGUUAGACUGGCAAACGGAAACAAAGGUUUUGGAGCACCUGCUGAUGGAGCAUCACAGGCAGUUUCGUUACGACAGAAACAUUUACUCUGUAUUAUGCAUUCCGUACAACACCACUACACUACCACAUACUAAGUGCAACACACACACAACAAAA